AUGCCAAGGAGGAAAUUUGACAAGGCUACCUCAACCACCUUUCAAGUUGUUCAUCGUCCACAAAAUGACCCAAGGAUCAACGAUGAAGAAAGUAGCUCCGCUGUUUUUCGAGAGCUUGCUCCUCAACAGUCGCACAAGAUCAAGAGCAGGACAGAUCUUGAGUCCGAACUCUUCAGCGACGCAAUCUCAAAUAGCAGUGGGCCAAGUAUAAGAAGCAACGAAGGAGAGGCAGCCGAGCAAGGCAUAUACUACGAUGACACUGAGUAUGACUACAUGCAACAUGUGUAUGAUCUCGACUCUAGGUCUGGCAGCGUUGAAGGUCUCUUCGUCGAAGCCAAGGCUUUCAAUAAAGAGAAAAAGGGCAAAGGCAAGCAGAGCCUCGAGGAAGCAUUGCGGGAAGCCAACCUUGGGGAUGGGCAGAGCGAGAGUGGCUCAUCGUUAGCUGAGGAAUUUAUUGGAGAAGACAUAGGGUCACUGGGAGACUCAAGACAAACUUCAUACCAGGAUCAGCAAAAUGUACCAGACGCAAUAGCAGGCCUCCAACCUGACAUGGAUCCUCGGCUACGGGAGGUUUUGGAAGCCCUGGAUGACGAAGCUUACGUCGACGACGAAGAAGAUCUCUUCGCCGAAAUUGCGAAUGGCGGCGCGGAAGUCACUCAGGACGAGUUUGAGAGCACCAACUUCCCUGACGAUGAAGGCGAUGAUGGCUGGGAGUCCGACACAACCGAGAAACCCUUCAAUGAACAACGCUCACUUGAUACUGUACCUUCAGCUUCUGGGGACACAGAUAUGUCGGAUGCACCUCCACCAAACCUCGAUCAUGGUGAUGGCGAAUGGAUGAAGGAAUUCCGCAAAUUCAAGAACGAUGAAAAGCCGGCUCUCAAAGGCCCAAAACCAGGCCAAUCUGCCGCCGACCUCCAAUCCUCAAUCCUGACUAGUGGAACGGGUGGCGUCCAGCGCAAGAAACGAAAAGGCGCUUUGACGAGUAGUGCAGGUUACUCCAUGACCUCCUCCUCUCUAGCGAGAACAGAGGGCCAGUCGCUACUAGACGCGCGGUUCGACAAGAUUGAAGGGAUGUAUGCGGAUGACGGCAUGGAUAUGGAUGUCGAUGAUACGGCAUCGACGUUUUCAAAAAAUUCGCUGGUGUCGGGCAUGUCAAGUCUUUCAAAAGCUUCAAAUUCAUCAAAUCUAUCGACGACAUCGAGUCAAGCGCCUACUCUUGCUGGUCAAGGUCUCGACAGCAUGAUGGACGAAUUUCUAGGUGGAUACAAGAUGGCUGGUGGAAGUAGGAGAGUCGGAACGGAGAAGUAUAGAACGCCGAUGCAGCAAUUAGACGACGUGAGGAAGGACCUAGGGCCUGCGAGGGUCAAGGCACAAAGAGCAAAAUAG